AUGUGCUGGGCUUUGAUUUUGGCCUUGCCUAGCAUGUUGUUGUCUGCUCCCUCGACCGCACUGUCUACGAUUGACCUGCGCAAUAUGUUUCACGAUCGUCUCCGUUGGCUUGUGACGGGGCAACUAGGUCGGGUCGUGGACGCCAUGCGCAAGGCAGUCGCACGCAAGCAGAGCCGUCAAGGACAGCUGAACGCCGGCGCGGGCGCCCACCCGAACGACGCAGUCGACCAGAGCCUCAGGUCGCUCGUCCGCGACCCGGACCUGGCGGACGAAGCCUGGGCAAACCACGUCACGAACCGUCUGAACCGAGGUCAGAUUGCCAAAGCAUUUGAUGCCGACAAGGCUCGUGCCGUGAUUGGUAAUUCUGAGGUUCAGGCCGUGCGCGACCUCUUGGUACCGCCCGGGCUGACCCCGUACAUUGCUUCGACACCCGCCUCCACGUCUACACUGGCACCAGCCACGGCUGCGAGCUCCCCAAACGUGUCCUUCACCAAGGGUGAGCUCCCCAAGGCGUUGGCGGCCACCAAGGGCGUCACCGAUCCCUAUGGUUGGUCUGGUGAGCUUCUUGCCUCCAUCUACCGCAUCAAGGAGCACUUCAGUCAAGUCUUGGGCCCACGCCAGGGUUCUACCAGCGACCCGACUGCUCCUUCUGAUGGAGACGCGCCUCAGGGCCCCACCACCGCCACUGGAGGUCCUCAGGUUGCCUUGAACAAGAUCUUUCACCACAUUGCCAACAACACCGUGCCCGAGUCGAUUCGACAUGCCCUUUGCUCCAUCAACUACACUAUCCUGGAGAAGGCCAAUGGCAAGUUUCGACCCGUGGGCACGGAUUCCAUCUUCAACAAGACCUGCUUCGACACGAUCGGCACCGUCAAGAGCCUAGUCAUCCAGGGUCUGAUCUUCACGGACCUGCCUCGACAUCAUCUGCGGCGUCCGGGCCUGGUCAUCCAGCACCUGAUCUGCUCGGACCUGCCUCGACACGAUCUCGGCGUUUAUGAGCCUGGUCAUCCAGGGUGUGAUCUAUUUUUUUUUAUUAUCUGA